CAAAAAGUUGUUUAAAUGUAACCCUGAUAUCAUUUUCGGAAAUGUCCCCGCCUAUGUCUUUAUUACGCAACGAUAAUACGUAGAUACUGAUAUACAUACAUGUCAAGAACUCUCUACAAACCACACAUAUUAAUCUCGUUGUUUUUCUUCAACUAUGGAACCAAAUUGUGAUUCGGUGUUCGCUCCUGCGAUUCCCACUGAUAUUCAUGGAGUCAAGAUCUUGAGAAAACCUUCGGAUGCCAAGCUUGUUGAACUCGGGGUUGCUUCUUGGCCUGUCAGAUGGGAAAGCAUUCCACGCAAAUUUCCAUGGAAGUUUAAGAAGACAGAGACGAUGUACUUCUUGGAAGGGAAGCUGAAAGUGACUAUAGACGAGCAGCAAAAAGAAGAAAAAGAAGUAGCCUUUGAGUUAACGGCAGGGGAUUUGGUUGUGAUUCCUAAAGGUAUGACAGUUGUCGUGGAUGUAACUGAAGCUGUGAAGAAACAUUAUUAUAGAGACUCAGAAAUUGUGAAAUAUGAAUCACCUUCAAAAGCAUAGUUUAAGGAAUUUGAAAUCAUAUAUUUUCCAGUCUCUUCAUAAGUAAGGCUUAUAAGACUUAUAUAAGUAUGUUUGGAUCGAUUAUAUUUUGUAUAUCAUAUGUUCUAUAAUGUUGAAUAUUGAAUAAGAGAUUUGUGUCUUAUGGUUCU